UGUUAUCAUCACAAUUUCCAUUUCUUGCUUUUUCAUUAUUGAUAUUCAAGAAAGUAAGAAAAAGAAGAAAAAAAAAACACUUAGAAAAAAAAAAGAUGAAAGGCUCUAUAACUCUUUCUUUUCUCAUCAUUUUUAUUUUUCAUUUUCUUGACGUGUUUGCGGCUCCUAGCAGACACUUGUGUAAUCCUGAUCAAAGGGAUGCAAUUCUCGAGUUCAAGAACGAGUUUGAAACUUUGGAGGCCUCUUGUUUUGACAGCAUUCCUCCGAAGACGGAAUCAUGGACGAAUAACAGCGAUUGUUGUUAUUGGGACGGUAUCAAAUGUGAUGCCAAGUUCGGGGAUGUGGUCGAGCUAGAUCUUAGCUUCAGUUGCCUAAGUGGCCAGCUCAAUUCCAAUAGUAGUCUUUUUAGUCUUCCACAACUUCGUUCUCUAACCACUCUUGACCUUUCUAAUAAUGAUUUUAUUGGUAAAAUCCCAUCUUCACUUGAAACCCUCUCUAAUCUCACCACUCUAGACAUUUCUAGAAAUCAUUUCAAUGGUAGGGUUCCUUCUUCACUUGGAAACCUUUCUCAUCUCACCUUUCUUGACUUCUCUCAUAACAACUUUAGUGGUCAAAUCCCAUCUUCACUUGGACAUCUUUCGCAUCUAAAAUCUUUCAACCUCUCUUUUAACAAUUUCAGUGGUAGGAUUCCUUCUUCGAUUGGAAAUCUUUCUAGUCUUACCAAUCUCUGCCUCACUCGUAACAGUUUUGAUGGUGAACUUCCAUCUUCACUUGGAAGUCUUUUGCAUCUCACCUUUCUCAUCCUUGAUCGUAACCGUUUUUCCGGUGAAAUCCCAUCUUCACUUGGAAAUCUUACGCAUCUCACCUCUCUCAACUUCCAUCAUAACAACGUUUUUGGUAAAAUUCCAUCUUCACUUGGAAAACUUUCUCAUCUCUCAUAUCUUGUCCUCUCUGUUAACAAUUUUGUUGGUGAAAUCCCAUCUUCUUUUGGUAAUUUAAACGAAUUAGCAAUAUUCGUCGUUGAUUACAACAGCCUUAGUGGUAGCCUCCCCCUUGCACUACUAAACCUAACAAAACUGUCAAAAUUAUCUCUUAUUUACAAUCAUUUUACUGGCACUCUUCCUUCUAACAUGAGCUCACUCUCCAACUUGGAGUUGUUUGAUGCAACAGAAAAUGAUUUCACUGGAACUCUCCCUUCUUCUCUCUUCACCAUUUCAUCUUUGGAAACUAUUAGUUUGGUAAAUAACCAACUCAACGGCACUCUUGAGUUUGGGGAUAUAUCUUUACCAUCUAAUCUAACAGUCUUACGGCUUGGCAAUAACAACUUUAGAGGGCCAAUCCAUAAAUCUAUUUCCAAAUUAGUUAACCUUAAGGAGCUUGACAUUUCCAAUUGCAACACCCAAGGCUUAGUUGACUUUACUAUCUUCUCGCAGCUUAAGUCGCUCGAACAUCUCUACCUCUCCCAUUUGAACACCACCACUACGAUUGACUUGAAUGCAAUCUUAUCAAGUUUGCAGUUACUAGAUUCACUGGAUCUCUCAGGCAACCAUGUUUCUACUACAAACAAGAGGUCUCUUUCUGAUUCUUCAUUGGUAUUGAUAAGUCAGUUGUCCUUGUCGGAAUGCGGUAUCACCGAGUUUCCAGAGUUCCUAAGAACCCAAAAGCUUAUGGUGUCUCUAGACAUUUCCAACAACAAGAUCAAAGGUCAAGUGCCUGGAUGGUUAUGGAUGCUCCCUGAUUUGCAGUACGUGAAUCUUUCCAACAACACUUUCAUCGGUUUCGAAAGAAUAACUAAACUUGGACUCUCCUCUGUCCAAGAACCAACUAUAAGCAAGUUCUUUGGCUCCAACAACAAUUUCACGGGCAAGAUUCCAUCUCUCAUAUGUGAGUUGCCUUAUCUCAGCACUCUUGAUUUGUCUAACAACAAAUUCAAUGGUUCAAUCCCUAGCUGUACGGGAUAUCUUCAAGCUCCAUAUCUUCAAGCUCUAAAUCUUCGAAAUAAUCGUCUUAGUGGAGGCCUUCCAAAGAAUUUAUUUGAAAGUCUAAUUUCCCUUGAUGUUGGCUAUAACCAACUAGUGGGAAAGCUUCCAAGAUCGUUGACUCAUAUAUCUUCUCUUGAAGUUCUGAAUGUGGAGAGCAACAGAAUCAUUGAUACGUUUCCUUUCUGGUUGAGUUCUCUACAAGAGCUACAAGUUCUAGUCCUUCGCUCCAAUGCAUUUUAUGGACCGAUAGAGCAAACACAGUUUUCUAAGUUGCAAAUCAUCGACAUAUCCGGUAAUCAAUUCAAUGGUACGUUGCCACCAAAUUUCUUUGUCAAUUGGACUGCAAUGUUCUCACUGGAAAGAAAUGAAGAUCAAUCUAAUGUAGAGACCAUGCCAUUGUCUGAGUCAAAGUACAUGAGUACAGACUAUUACUACUUUGUGUCAAUGGUUUUGAUAUACAAAGGUGUAGAGAUGGAGCUGGUACGUGUCCUAAAAAUCUUUACGGCGAUCAACUUUUCGGGAAACAAAUUUGAAGGAAAGAUUCCAAAUUCCAUUGGUCUAUUAAAAGAGCUUCAUGUGCUCAACUUGUCAAACAAUGCUUUCACUGGCCACAUCCCAUCAACUAUGGGGAACCUCACCGCUCUUGAGUCACUGGACGUUUCCCAAAACAAGCUUUCAGGAGAAAUUCCACAAGAGUUAGGGAAACUCUCGUACCUUGCGUACAUGAACUUCUCACAUAACCAGCUGGUUGGUCUAUUACCAGGGGGCACUCAGUUUCAAACACAGAAUUGCUCUUCCUUCGCGGAUAACCAGGGACUUUUUGGCCCUUCACUUGAGAAAGUUUGUGAAGAUAUCCACGCGAAAACAUCACAACCAGGUGAAACGCCAGAGCAAGAGGAAGAGGAAGAUGAAGAAGAGGUCUUGAAUUGGAUAGCAGCUGCAAUAGGAUCCAUACUUGGUACUGCAUUUGGAUUGACAUGGUACUGCAUACUAUUUUCCUACAAACCAGAUUGGUUCAUGAUUCCUUUUAUAUUUUGUGGACCUAAUUUUGUUUCAAAUAAAGGUAAAAUGGUCAUUAAAAAUUAAAAGAGG